GGGUGAAGUUGACUUUUGAAGUGCUGGGAGUCAAGAUGGAGAAAAGGUUUUAGAAGAAGAAGGAGGAGAAGAGGGCAGGCGCUUGUAUCAUCAUCAUAAACUUCAUCUGACUCCAAAGCAAGUCCCCUGCUUUCAGUAUCCUCAUGUCAAAUUCCGGUGGUUUUUCGGACAAGCUCCGAAAUUUCCUUUUGUUGGAGAUAUUACCCGGCAGGAGGGUACCGACACACGUGUUCCACUCCUUAACCUCGCCACUGUUCAGAUUAGGGUGGAUUCUCUGGAGCGCUUCUUGUCUGACUCGAUCAGCCGAAGCGUUGUGAUUGGUCCUGACCAGAUGGAGAUGGUUUCCACCGAGAUUGUCUCCGCAAUCCACCAGAUCAUCGUCAACGGAGCUGCUCUUCUCUCCUGUUCUCAGCCCGAAUACUCUAGUUUUCCGGCUGCCGGGGAUGCAGUUCUCCCCGAAAGUUAUGCUGUGAUGGGGAACGGUUCGAAUCCGAAAAAUCUGAAGACUCGGCAUCUGACGACGGCGGCGGCUGUGAAAUCGGGUGGUCCUGAUGCGAUGGAUCUGAAGAUGGAGAGGGUGGAAGAUGAUGUGAAAGAGGAGAUCGACGGCGGUGAUGACGAUGGGGAUUGCGAGGUCAUCGAACUGGACGCCGUUGAAUUGCUAGCUGAGCACAUUCACUUUUGCGAUAUCUGCGGAAAAGGGUUUAAGCGAGACGCAAAUCUCCGAAUGCACAUGCGCGCACAUGGAAACCAGUUCAAGACUCCCGAAGCCCUAGCGAAGCCGGAUAAGUGUAUGGAAACGCAGCGACGAGUGCGGUUCUCGUGCCCCUACCAGGGCUGCAACCGAAACAAAGGUCACAAGAAGUUUCGGGCGUUGAAAUCGGUGAUAUGCGUGAAGAAUCACUUCAAGCGGAGUCACUGCCCCAAGAUGUACUCCUGUCAUCGCUGCAACAAGAAGAGCUUUUCGGUUCUGGCAGACUUGAGGAGCCACUUGAAGCACUGUGGAGAGUCCAAGUGGAGGUGUUCCUGUGGGACAAGUUUUUCACGAAAGGAUAAACUGUUUGGGCACAUGGCCCUGUUCGAGGGCCACAUGCCCGCAGUCGAAAAUGGGGAUGAGAAAUCGGUGCUGUCAGCAGCAGCAGUAGCAGCUGCCACCAUGGAAGAAGAUGAGCAUGAGGACGAAGAUGGGAUUGGAAAGGAAGAAGAGAAUGGGAUGUUUGAGGGAUUGUUUCAAGGAUUUGGUUCAAUUGGGGAAUACUGUUUGCAGGAUGUGUUGAGGUCUCCUCCUCGACUAUAUGAUAUUUCCGACUUUUUGGAUUAGCCGGGUAUUAUAUGGGGUAUCCGUAUGUAUACAUAGAUGUGUAUUCUUUGUAACAAUAAAAUUAUGACCCUGCUUUCAUCACUCUUGUUGUAGCUGCUCUUUCAUUUGCAAUAAAGUUUUUGGAUUAAAUAUA